CUAAUCGUGGAGUUUGAGGGAGAAGGGACGACUGGACCAGCUGCCAAGUCCUGGUAUGCAGAUGGCUACUCCUGGUGGCCACCAUAUAAAGACCUUGACAGGUUGCUGAAGAGUGUUAGGACAAUGGAGGCACCACAGCCAGAGAAAGGGUGGACCCGACACAGAGCAAGAAUCCUGCAUGAGUCAGCAUCUUUUCAGAAUGUAGCCAACAACUGGAAGAAGGCCAGCUACACUUCUGACAUAAACUCAGAACCUGAAAUUACAGGAAAAAGGAUUCCCAAAAAGAAAACAAGUACCGAUCAUAUCUACUCGCCAGAUGAAGAGGCAGCAGAUCAACCACCCAUUAAAAAAAGAAAAGCUGCAAACAAAGCAAGUGUUCCACCUGCACCAAAACCUCCAGCCAUUCCAAAACGCAACAAAAAAGCAUUUGUCAAUCAGCAACAAAGGGACAUGGAAGACCAACAGCAGAACUGGUGUGAGAGUCUCCCCAGCUUUCAAGCUCCACUGCGUAUGUCUCAGGCAGACCAUCACGGAGACGGCUGGUGUGUUGAUCAACCUAACACACAAGAGCACAACUUUGCUGUCCUGAGACCCUCAGAGGACCACCUAGGAAGAGCCCAGACUCCAGUGGGCGUCUCUCAGGCAGACCAUCAUGAUGACAGCUGGAGUGCUCAUCCACCUGACACACAAGAGCACACCUUUACUGUCCUGAGACCCUCAGGUGACUACCAAGGAAGAACACUGAGUAAGUUACAUUUAAUCGCUAUAAAGGUGUUGUAAUCUGAAAUGACACAAAUGAACACAUGAUAAAAUGGAUAUCUACCAUGAAUAGCUGGGUAAGAAGGGUUUAGGACAGGUGUGGCUAACUAUGGUCCUGGAGAGCCGCAGCAGUUCUGCUCCAAUCCUAAUUAAAACUAACCUUCCUGUAAAUUUCUAGUAACCCUUCAGACCUUCAUUAGCUUGUUCAGGUGUGCUUAAUUAGGGUUGAAGCAAUACUCUGCAGGGCUGCGGCUC